AUGGCACGUGCUCUCGCCAAUGGUGGAGCAGCAGCCGCAGCUGGCUGCGCCUGGCCGUGGCUCGUGGUGCUCGCCAUUGCACUGUUCUCCGUCUUCGGGGUCGCCGUCUUCCUCUGUGGCCACAGGUCGGACAGACCGAGACCAAGAUACGGCAGCGGAGCUGACGCUGGAGGAGCUGUCACAGCUGCUGCAGCUGCUAGUGCCCUCCACGGUGGUGCCGGAGGGGGCUGUGGUGGUGGAGGACACGGUGGUGCCGGAGGGGGCUGUGGUGGUGGAGGACACGGCGGUUGCUAG